AUGUUCCAAGGCUAUAGAUAUAAUAUAUAUCAGGUGAUGCCUGAACGAAAUUUCAAAUCAUGGCGUUGUGUCUGUGCAAAAAAGAUUCCGGAUAAUGGCUCAUGGUGUAAGUGUAGGGCAGAAACAACAAUGGAUGACCAAAAAGCAGUCACCAAGGGUGAGCACAAUCACCCGCCAAAGCAUUUGCUUGCUGAAUUGGAGUUUAUAAAGGUAGGGUGUUUCUAUCCUUAA